AUGGAGGUCAAAUCUCAGGAGGACGUCGAGGUGGGACGGCGUGAACAUGAGUCGGAUCACAAGAUCGGCAUCGUCGAGGUCGACCACGGGGCCGAUUCUCAAUUGCAAAGACGACUGGGCAAUCGUCACAUCACGAUGAUUGGCAUCGGCUCCUCAAUCGGAAUGGGCCUCUGGCUCGGAAGCGGGAAAGGCCUCAUUGCAGGUGGGCCGGCUGCCUUGUUCAUAGGAUUCAUCAUCGCUAGUUCUAUGGUGUGGGCAGUUUCACAGUCCAUUGGAGAAAUGGCCGUCAUGUAUCCUCUGCCCUCAGCCUUCGUCCAGUGGACCAACAAAUUCGUCGAUCCAGCCGCAGGUUUCGCUCUUGGGUGGUGCUACUGGUUCAACUACUGGAUCGCCGUCGCCAACGAGAUCCAGGGCAUCGUGACGGUCUUGUCCUUCUGGAACACCUCGGUGCCGAAGCUCGCAUGGAUCUCAAUAUUCUGGGUCGUCAUUGCCCUCAUCAACGUCGGUGCAGUCACCGUCUUCGCCGAGGUCGAGGUCAUCAUGGCAGCCAUCAAGUUCGGCUGGAUAUUCGUCGUCAUUAUUGCUUCGAUCGUCAUCUCGGCGGGCGGCGCUCCGAACCACGAAGUCGUCGGCUUUCGGUACUGGAGCGAAGCACCUUUCCUCAACGGAUUCAAGGGAUUCCUUACCGUCAUGCCCGUGUGCAUCUUCGCGCUCUCGGGUUCCGAAACGACUGGCCUGGUCGCGGCUGAGCUCGAUAACCCACGGAAGGCCGUCCCUAAUGCGGUGAGAUCCAUUGCUCUCCGGCUUGCGAUGUUUUAUCUCAUGGGUUCCUUGAUGAUCACGAUCACUGUGUCUCCAAAGGAACCCAGUCUUUUCGGCAAUGGGGCUCAUGCUACCGACGCCUCUCCCUUCGUCAUCGCCUUCAGGAACGCAGGCCUCGAGCCGCUUGCCCAUAUGAUGAACGCCGUCAUAUUCUUAUCGGUAUUAUCUUCCGGCAGUAUCAACGCAUAUGCAGGUUCUCGUACUCUGGUAGGACUCGCUGAGAUCAGCAUGGCGCCUUCGUGGAUGAAGAAAGCUGACAAAUGGGGUCGUCCGUGGUUUACUCUGGUGCCAACACUCCUAAUUGGGGGCGGUCUCUCGUACCUAAACGUUCCGUACUUCACUCCGCUCCAGCACCCGGCCGCCGGGACGGCCAGGGAUCCCCAGCCCGAGGGCACGCUCUUCUCCCCGCUCACGCUGCGCGGCCUGACGCUGCACAACCGCGUCCUCGUGUCGCCCAUGUGCCAGUACUCCGCGGACGAGGGGCGCAUGACCGCGUGGCACACGACGCACCUCGGCGGGUUCGCCACGCGCGGCGCCGGGCUGGUCCUGACGGAGGUCCAGUCCGUGACGCCCGAGGGCCGCAUCUCGCCGGAGGACCUGGGGAUCUGGGACGAUUCUCAGGCCGAGGCCGCGAGGGAGGUGAUUGACUUCGUGCACAGCCAGGGCGCGUUCAUCGGGGCGCAGAUUGGACAUGCCGGGCGCAAGGCUAGUACCAUCGCGCCGUGGGUCGACCGGAAGGCUGUCGCUGGGGAGAAGGGACGAGGAUGGCCCAAGACAGUCAUCGGACCUUCUGCAGAGGCCUACACAGAGGCGACCUACGUGCCCAAGGAAAUGACCCUAGACGAGAUUGAGACUUUCAAGACCCAGUGGGUUGAGGCGGUAAAGCGAGUCGUUAAGAUCGGCUACGAUACCCUCGAGAUUCACGCCGCGCACGGCUACCUCAUCAACCAGUUCCUGUCCCCGACCUCGAACCACAGGACCGACAAGUACGGCGGCAGCUUCGAGAACCGCGUCCGUCUGCUAGUCGAGCUGACGGAGCUGACCCGCGCCAACGUCCCCGAGGACUAUCCCGUCCUGGUCCGCCUGGCCGCUACCGACUACCUGGAACACGACCCGUCGAUCCCGCAGUGGGAGAUCACCCAAGCCACUAGGCUCGCCAAAAUCCUUGCGGACAAGGGUGCCGAUUUUCUGGAUGUCUCCGCGGGGGCCAACGACGCGCGGAUGAAGGUCGAGGCUGGACCGAAGUACCAGGCCCAUCUCGCCGCGGCCGUGAAGAAGGCCGUUGCGGGCACCGGGACCUAUGUCGGUUCUGUCGGUGGCAUCGCCACUGGCAAGGAGGCGAGCGAGGUUCUGGCCGAUGGACAAGCUGACGCUGUCCUCGUCGGAAGGGCUUUCCUUAAGAACCCCAACUUGGUCUGGUCCUGGGCCGACGAGUUGGACAUCGACAUUUACGUGGCUAGUCAAUAUGGGUGGGCUUUUGGAAACACCAGGACUCACCGGCCCAGUAAGCAUUAA